AUGAGUUCUGGAUUUGGGUCGGAUGACCUCUUUGAAAAUGGAUGGGCCUCUUCUGAGCCCACGCGUCAAGAUCACGGGUUUGGUUCUACUGCUUAUGGAGGCUCCACUUACUUAACUUCGUCUCAGUUGCUUGGAACUGAUAGCUCUACUGCUUCGCCUGCUGCCGACAUUGACUUGUCAGAUAAGAUUCCUGAGUCGUAUAGGGAGAUAUGGGCUCAUUUGCAGCCGAAAUUGCGGUCGGUUAACGACUUGGAGUCGGAGAUAUUCCUUCCGUUGGUGAAUGAACAGCACCUUUCCGAUUACCAGACAUCAAGGAUCAUUGACGUCUUGUAUGACCAUAGUUUGUUGCCUCCUUCGAAAGAGUCUAAUUUCUUCCAGUUGUUGGGCCUCGUGGCUUUGGAAUUGGACCUUGCUGGUACUGGCGAUUACGUCACUCUUCAGUUUAAACUCAAUUCGGGUCUUCCUGACUUUACACCCGAGGUGACGGAUUUGCUUCUUGGCAAAGCUCCUCCACUGCAACAAAGCUCCGGAAAGAAACCUGGCGUGCUGGUGCCUGCCGAAUCCGAUCCGUUGUCUUCCCACUUGGCUUCCACGUCGCUUGACCAGAAUACGGAGAAUAUGCUUGCAGACCAUUCCAAUAUCCUGAUUGACCCAGAUACAACAGCACCAGAGGUAUCGCAUGUGAAUGAUUUCCCAUUUAUCACAAAAUAUGUCACGGAUCUUCGGGAUAAGUUCAAGCCAUUGAUUGGCGCUGGCGACUCGGUCAGUAUCAAAGAAGUCCCUGAGAAAGAGGGUCUUGUUUUUAAGCAUAUCAACUAUUCCAUCACCCACAGCUUGAAGCUCGGCAUGCACAGCCCUGCUGGCCAAAAAAGAGUUACCAGAAGAUACUCAGAUUUUGCAUGGCUCCUUGAAUUCCUUUUGAAAAAAUACCCCUUCCGUGUGAUUCCGGGCCUUCCGCCCAAAAAGUUUACCGUAGGCGCCUCACCCGAUUCUCAAUUCUUACAAAGAAGGCGCCGAGGCUUGCAUCGCUUCUUGAACCAGCUCGUAAAGCAUCCUGUCUUGGUUCAAGAGCCCAUGGUAAUCACGUUCCUUAGUGUCCCUACUGACUUAGCCUCUUGGAGAAAACAAGCUCGUGUGGACUAUUCUCUUGAGUUCAAGGGCCAGAAGAUUGAAACCGAGUUUGUUAACUCCAUUUGGCCUACCAUUAGUGAAGAGUUCCUCAAUAGCUGGAAGACUGCUGAAGCAAACAUGCCCAGGAUAAUCGAAACUUGGACUAAGAUGGUUCUUCUUGUUGAGAGAUACGAAAAGAGACAACAACAGAUUGCAUUUGAUAACGGAAAGUUUGUUGAAAUGAUAAAUCGCUUCACCGAGCUUGACCAUGUCAUUUACCCACACAGGGAUCCUGAAAACAAGGUCCUCAACACCCUCAACAAGGACGAUACGACUUCCAUCAACGACUCUUUGAGUUCAAUCUCGGCAUUCUUCAACAAGUCUUCUACAUAUUUGAUUGACGAGAGCUACCUCAUCAACACGACGGUUUUGGAGAAGUUCAAGAACUUCUUGGACUACUUAUAUUCUUUACAAGAACUAUUUGACAGAGCAAAGAAACAGUCCGUCAACUCGAUCCCACAGCUUCAAAGAAAGAUCGAGGAGAGUCAAGCCAAGUUCGACAGACUCAAUGAAAACGGUACUGACAUGAAGGGAAGCGAUAUCGCUAAGCUCAAGCAAGCUAUUAUCAAUGACAAGCAGGAAAUGUUCCAGCAGCUCAACAAAGACUGGCUUAUCAAGAGCUGUUGCUUCCAUGAGUUUGCCAUGUUCCAAGAGACGCAUUCCAAGACAAGUUCACCAAUCUCUAUGACAGUUUGA